AUGAAAAAUACUACUGGCUACAUCUUUUUAAGGCAGCAAAGAGAGUUCAUGGAGCUAUGCUUGUACUUGAAGUUUCACAUGAAAACGUCUAUUAAAAAUUUACUUUUUGGAUUUUUUAAUUUCAUAAAGAUGGCGAUAGUGACUAUCGAAAAACUCAAGUUAUGAAUAUUACUACUGGCUACAUCUUUUAAGGCAGCAAAGAGAGCUAAUGUAAUUGUGCUUAUACUGCAAGUUUUACUUGAAAAGUCUAUUAAAAAUUUAAUUUUUGGAUUUUUAAAAUCAUAA